AUGCGAACAUUGGAAUGGAAUAGUAUAGGAGUGGAAAUCGACGCUAAACAAUUACACCAUCUUCGCUUUGCUGAUGACAUCGUCCUUAUAACACUAAACAUUAGACAGGCGGAACGUAUGCUUGACGACUUUGAUAAAGCCUGUGGAAAGAUUGGUCCUCGACUAAAUCUCACAAAAACAAUGUUCAUGAAGAACGGAUUUGUUUCGCAUGCCCCAUUCACGCUCAACGGAACGAAUAUCACCGAAUGCUCCAGUUAUAUCUAUCUUGGUCGGAAAAUCAAUACGACGAACGACCUAGCUCCAGAACUGAGCAGAAGGUAA